AUGCACUUAGAACGCGAGAUUGAUGGCAAGUUGGUCAAAGUCGAAUGGCAACUUACGAGCCCUUUCGACCCAACAGCUGACGUGGAGGGUGAAGAGGGCGGCCAAGAAUAUGAAGCCACAGACUUCUGCAUCACCUUGGAGAACAAGAGUGGUGCUGGCGUGUCCUUCUACUGCAGCACACAGACCGGUGAGGACCACCGCUACGUCAUUGGCAAUGUGAAAUCCUUUGCCAGCAAGGAGGAAAAGGAGAGUGUGAGCUCUUACAAUGGUCCUGAAUUCGAGGACAUCGAUGAAAAGCUUCAGGAGAGCUUGGAUGAGCUGUUGGCAGAG